AUGCUCCGUGCGACAACAGGCUGGGCCGUCAACAAGCUGGCCGCCUUUGUAUUUCCGCUCCAGCUUGCCGAUCGACCACGGUCAACGCUCGAUGGCGUGGUUCCGCCAAAAGCACCUUCUGCCUCUGCUGGAUGCUACGCCUUCAAUGCAGGUGGGUCUGUUCCCAGCAAGGCGCCGGACGCUGUCGCCUUCGAAGCGCGCUACUGGCCGCUCGUCCAUCCUCCUCGCAACAAUGCCGAGGCGCAACAGCUCUAUAAUCACAUCCGCACCGUCGCCUGGUACCUCGACUCGAUACCCUUCCUCGGCUCUCGACUGCCCUUCAACAUUGGCAUCGAAUCCAUCCUUGGCGUGAUCCCAGGCAUCGGCGACUACAUCGGACUGGCUUUGGGCCUCUAUCAGAUCCUGCUCUGCUCGCUGUUCGGCGUGCCGCUGUCGUUGCUGCUGUGGAUGUUGGUCAACGUCGUCGUCGACUGCAUCAUCGGAAUCUUGCCCUUACUCGGUGACGCGCUCGACGUCCUUUUCAAGGCCAAUCUGCGCAACCUGCGGCUGCUCGAGGACCAUCUCUACGAAUCGCGUGGCAGGUGUGGAGCAGGCGUCUUCUACAUCCAAUUCCCACCCAACGACGUCUUCUUGACCCCAGGGCGUUCCAGCACUCCAUCGCGAAACAUCACCCGUCCGUCUCGAGCUCCAUUCAAUCACCCGCUCGCACCUCCCUCAUCGAGCAAGACAUCCACGCCGACCUUCUAUCUGAGCCUGCCAGCCUCCGUGGCAGGUCAACCGGCAAGCAAUAGCUCGGGCUCUGCAGCACCUCCGAUCAGAUCGCCGGAUCAUUCCCACGCACCGUCUCAGGAAGAAAGUGGAACAGCACAAACUUCAACGGACCCGAAUCUGCAGAUGAACAAGGCCGAUACCGCUGUUGCAUCGGCCAAAGUCGAGGCCUAUGCCAUCCCAGAAGAAUCCAGCACGUCGACAAGGCAUCGAGAUACCAUUCGCGACUACGGUCAAGGCACGUCGAGCUCGGAAGCGGAGGCGCCGGCUUUGGACGGUAACGACGCAGAGCGUGCUGAACGCGGCGGUCGCUCAAAGUCGCGUGCGAAUGCUGCGCCACCCUAUCAUCCUGAUGGCUUGCCCAGCGACCACACUGCCGACUCGGCGAUGGAAGACGCUGUGAACGUUGGAAAACAGCCCCUGCACCUGGCUGAAAUGGAGCGUCCGCGUGUGUCUUGGAGCGAUGCGGCAUGGACGGCACGCUCGCAGCUGCUCAAGGCGGACGACAAGCGACCGAGCCUCGACGCCUUUUCCGACGACGGGUCGGAUGUCAACGAAGUGCCCGAGGACCAGCGGCUGCUGAAAAACGGGCGGCUGGAGCGCGAGCAAGACGCGGACGAUGCGCGCGCGCUGUGGCGCAAGCGGAGAGGACUGUACCUACUCGUGUACUCGGCCAUCUUUUGCGUUGCGUACGUGUCGUCGCUCGACUCCAACACGGGCUACCUCUACCUCAACUUUGCAUGCAGCGAGUACGGUGCGCUUGCGUCGUUCAGCACGGUAGCGAUUGUGCAGCAGAUGGUGUUUGCGAUCGCCAAGCCGCCGAUUGCCAAGCUGUCGGAUGUGGUGGGUCGUCCGCAGGCGUACGUGCUUUCGCUCUGUUUCUACGUGUGCGGCUACCUGGUUGUUGCGUCGACGAGCUCGCUGCGAUCGCUCAUCGGCGGCAUCUGCCUGCAGUCUGCGGGCACGACGGGCAUCCAGGUGCUGCAGUCGAUCAUCAUUGCGGACACGACGACGGCCAAGUGGCGUGGGCUGGUGAUUGGCAUUGUCAAUCUGCCGUUCCUGAUCAACUUUGCGGUGGCGGGGCCGAUGGUGGAUCUGGUCAUGCGUCACGGCGGCUGGCGGUUCGGAUUUGCGAUCUGGACGGUGGUGAUGCCGCUGGCAGCGACGCCGCUGUUGUUGACGCUGCUGGUGGGCCAGCGACGGGCGCAGCGGGCGGGGCUGGCGACGCGAAGCUGGCUGAGGGACAAGCCAUGGCGGUCUGCGCUGCGGCAGCUGGCGACGGAGCUGGAUGUGGUAGGGCUGCUGCUUUUCACGGGUGGCUGGCUGCUGAUUCUGCUGCCGUUGACGCUGGCUGGGCAUGGCGAGCGGCAGGCAGAGGUGCCGAUGGCGACGUUCAUCGCGGGUGGCGUGGGGCUGCUGGUGGUGUUUGGCUGGUGGGAGACCCGGGCGUCGGUGCCGAUCCUGCCGUACCAGUUCUUGACCAACAGUGCGGUGGUGUGCACGUGCGUGGUCGGGGUGCUGGAUUUUGCGUCGUUCUACAUUUCCUGGACGUUUCUGUCGAGCUUUGUGCAGAUCCUCAAGGGAUGGGACCAGACGCGGACGGGCUACUUUGCCACGACGCAGAACGUGACGUCGACGAUCACGGGGAUUGUGGUGGGAUCGUUGAUGGCGAUGACGAGGCGGUACAAGGUGCUGCUGGUGAUCGGGCUGGUGGUGCGGCUGUUGGGCGUGACGCUGAUGGUGCGGUAUCGGACGGCGGAGGAUCCGACGUACAUGCUGGUGCUGUGCCAGCUGCUGCAGGGGAUCGGGGGUGGAUCGAUCGCGAUUACGAUGCAGGUGGCGGUGCAGGUGACGGUGCGGCAUGCGGAUGUUGCGAUUGUGACUGCGCUGGAGCUGCUGACGACCGAGAUCGGGGCGGCGAUCGGAUCUGCGACGGCGGGAUGGCUGUUCCAGACGUACUUGCCGGCCAAGCUUGCAACGAAUCUGCCGGGCAUGGACGCGGAGGAGCUGAAGCUGGUGUACGGCAGUCUGCAAAAGGCGCUGAGCUAUCCGCUGGGGACGGCGGAGCGCGAUGGCAUCAUCCAGUCGUGGGUGGAGGUGAUGCGGAUGCUGAGCAUUGUGGCGACGGUGACGCUGGUGCCUGCGGUGCUGUUUGGGCUGGCGAUCCCGGAUACGGCGUUGCCGGAUGUGCACGGCGGCGCGCAAAGCCAUCACCACCACCACCACCAUCAUCACCACCAUCGGCACGAGAGUCAUCAUCACCAUCAUCACGGCACACGUCGAGGCGAUCGACGAAGUGUCCGUCGACGGCCGUCGUUCCUGUCGACGAGCCGACCUUCGUCGCCGCUCGAGGUGCGCGCGGGCUAUGCGGAUCCGACGCUGGCGAUGGGCGUGGGAGCAUCUGCGGAGGGCAAUGCCACUGCAGGCUUUCUCAGUGCGGCGGGUGCGGGAUCCAAGCGGAGCCGAUCGGUGUCGCGCAAUCGGGCGAGUGGGCCCGACGCGAGAGAGGAAGCGGAGCUGCAGCGCAAGAAGCCGCGAUCACGGCGGGCCGUGCUGCCGUAG